GUGCUGCCAGCGGCUACAGCGGGCGGAAGAAUUCUCUCCUGGUAUCUCUCUUGCCAGCCAUGUGGCCCAAGGCCCCCUUCCCUGCGUGACCAGGGGUGACCAAGGUGAAGCCGCCAGGACCAGACACAGCAAAGGCAACUUGCCUUGUUCCAGUGGCAUCUGGGCUGACCCAGAUGGUAGCCAGAGGGCUGCUUCCUGCCUGCCCCCGUCCAGGCGUCCUUCUAAAUAUCCGUGGCCGGUCCUGGCGCUUACACUUUCUGGAGGAGCCCCCUGCUGGGAAGUCACUCUGCAAGCACUAGACUCCUUGUCUCCCUUCCCGGCCGCCGGCUGGCUCAGUGUGACGUGGAGAGCCGAGCGCUAUAACUCCCCCCGGCAAAGGCUGGUGGGUCCCAGCUGCUGCGGCAAAGCCGGGAGCGUGACGCCGAGAUCCCUGGGGAGGGGCACGCUGAAAGCAGGAGGCUUUUGACCCCAGGCCCUGGAUCGGGGUUUCCAUUGGAGGGGGCAGCAGCCUAGCGACCUGCUCCCCCGACUCCACCGAGAUGUUUCUCUCCAGAGAGAGGGCCACGAAGAAGCCGGGCCCGCCGCCUGCCUGCCCCAACAUCCUCACCCCCGACCGCAUCCCCCAGUUUUUCACCCCCCCCCAACUCUCCACCCUGCAGAACAGAGCCCCAGGCAGGAAUCCCAGUUCCCAGCAGGGCCCCCAGGGGCCCAGGAGCCCUGAAACAUCCAGGGCCCUGAUGGGCACCGCCAACCGGCACGUCAUCCACAUACCCAGCCUGGACCAGACGGGCGAGGCCAGCCAGCAGCUCUGCCCUGCCCACCUUGCCAGCCCAGGGGGCUUCCCCAUCCUGCCCGAGAGCCCCCACACACGCCGCAGGGAGUCCCUCUUUCACACCCCCUGCCUGCCCCAGUGCGUCUCCCUCGACCUCUCCCUGGUGCUGCAGCCUGUCUCCCCGCCCGGUGAUUGGGACAGCGACACGGCCUCCUCUACGAGUUCCUCCCCCUUCGGCUCCCCACUGCUGGUGCGCUCCCCACCCUGCCAGGCCCACGGGGGCUGGCCCCUCUGUCGCUGCACCCUGCAUGCCCAGGCAGGGGGCCGGGCUAGCUCGCUCUCCACGGAGGACGCCAGCUCAGCGGACAACAGCCCCUGCGUCCCACGCCGUGCGGCCGAGCCCAGCUGGGGGUCAGCAGCCAGGUUGGCCCCACCUCUCUUCUUCCCCCUGGACUUCAUCUGCCGCCCCGUGCGGGUGGCCCAGGAGAACACGGUGGCGCUGAGCCGAGGCGGGCGCCUGCGCCUCUCCUCCGAGUACAUCCCGGCCAGCAGGCGCCUGCACGUCCGGCUGGUCAGCGCCGAGGGCCUGUACCCGCAGUCCUGCCCCCCCCGGCACGUCGGCUGCUGCGUGUCCCUGCAGCUGCGGCCCGGCCAGGCGCAGAAGCAGCGCACCGCCCUGGUCCAGAGGAGCCGGAGCCCCAUCUUCAACGAGGACUUCUUCUUCGAGGGCCUCGCGCCCCACGAGCUGCCCGGCCGCAGCCUCCGGCUCAAGGCCCUCAGCAAGGGCUGCGGUGUGAGGCGGGACACUGUGCUGGGCGAGGCCGAGGUCCCGCUGCCCGCCCUGCUGCCCAGCUAGGUCCCAGCACACCCUGAGGCCUGGUGCUUGUCCCCGGUGGGGACCGGGGAGGCGGGACAUGCGGGAGGGAAAGGGACUUGGCCAAGCAUUGGGGGGCUGGAGGGAAUGUGACGACUGCCCAGAAGCUCUGUCCUUUGGCUGGAGCCCCACACUGCACCCUUGUCCCUUCCCUCUGCCCCCUCUAGCUCUUUCCUCCUGCCCCCCGAAAUGACAGCUCCC